AUGGCGGAGAGCUCGGGAGCAAACGAUGGAGGCCGCCCAUCGCGUCAAUCGAUCCCCGCGUCGGGAUUCUCCCCCUUUACAUCGUAUAUUUUGGAGACGCCGCUGCCGGAGAAGUGGAAAAUGCCGACAUUCGACAAAUACGACGACACGACCAAUCCAGACAAUCACAUGCGGGUUUUCAUGCAUCAGAUGAUGUUCCACGCGGUUAGCGACCCCAUCUGGUGCCGUGUCUUCUCGACUUCUUUGACGGGGGAGGCUUUGGAAUGGUUUUCCGAGCUGUCGACCGGCAGUAUUGACUCUUUUGCCACUCUGAAGACAAGGUUCAGCACACAAUUCGCGCCCCUGAAACCGGCCAUUCUGACGGUCGACAACCUGGUGAACAUCCGACAGGAAGAUGGGGAAUCGCUGAGGAGUUAUUUCGAUCGGUACAAUCGGAUGUCGGUCAAGAUAAAGGAUCUCAGUGACGAAAUCGCUCGGCAUCACUUCUCAUAUGGGCUCCAGCCGGGAGUUUUCGCGGACAAGAUAACCGAGAAGCCGAAGACGAUGGAAGAGAUGAGGGAACGCGCGGCCAAGUUCAUACAGAUGGAAGAUAUGCAGGAGUUCCGGGUGAAGAAGAGGGAGAAGGAGGACGCCGCACUCCCUAAGGCGACCGCGCCUCGGCCGAGCAAACCCCCAGCUCGGCCCAGCGAAAGGAAGCCACCGAAGUUCACAACGUACACUCCUCUGGUUGUUCCUCGGGCUAGGAUUUUGCAAAAGGCCUUCAGCGCCGACUCGCUCCCCGCAGUAAGGAAGAAGCCCCCACCACCCGAUGCCGACGGUAGUAAACACUGCCAGUACCAUCGUACGAUCGGGCACACCACCGAAGAGUGCCACACGCUCCGCGACAAAAUAGAAGAGCUCAUUCGGCAGGGGCACCUAAAGAAGUACAUUCGACAAGAUCGUCCUCCGCAAAGCCCGGUGAGGAACAGAAGCCCAGUAAGAAGAGCCCCCCCGGCCCGGUGGGAGAAGCGGAGAGAGCCCGAACCCGAGAGACGAAGGAGAGGACCGUCCCGGUCGGAUCAGAGCCCAAGGAGGAGCCGCAGUCGGAGCCACGAUAAACCCCUCAGGGGCUAUAUCAAUACCAUAUCCGGAGGGUUCACCGGAGGAGGAUCGAGCUCAGCAGCCCGAAAGAGGCAUGUUCGAGCGCUAAAGUCGGUUCAUCUGGUCGAGAAGAAGAUCCGGUCGAUGCCCCCCAUCACGUUUACAGACGACGACUUCAAGGCGCCCGACCCCGAUCAUGAUGACCCGAUGGUCAUCUCAAUAGAGGUAGCCGAGUAUGGGAUCGGGAAGGUGUUGGUUAACCAGGGAAGCUCCGUCAAUAUGCACGGUACACGCAGAUCAACAAAUCGCCAGGCAAUGCUAUGCCGCAGGGUUGAGGAUCACUCCUUACAGUCGUCCGCAGAAACAACACCGUUCGGAGGUAGCCAUGACGGACUUAGACCCCCGAACGAACACCGAGGAUCGGUUGCAACCAGAAGGAGAGACCAAGGAGAUACCGAUCGGGAGCCAACCUGA